UAGAAAUCGUAAGAUAAAAGUGAAAGCAAACAGCAAUAGCAGAAGCCGAUCUCAAAGAAAAUGGAAGAAUUGAUAACAGAUUUGAGCAAAAGUCUGGGCUCUUUCUGCAACCACCUUCAAAGCAGCUGCGACGCUCUGAAGCAAUCCAUCGACCGCCGCCCCAUCCCUCUUGAUUCGGCUUCAUCGACCUUCGUUCAAUGCCUAAACCGCCGCGUUUCAACCGCCACCGCCGACCUCAACCUCCUCGAUUCCAUGUCCUUCGGCACUGUUUCCUUCGAGGAACUCUUAGGUCACUGUUAUCAGGUCUUUGAAAAUAACCAAAUCCAUCUCCUCCAUCUCCAAGAUCGCCUCAAGCCUCUGGGUUAUAUACCCCAAGCUGAUAUUGAAGAUGAGGAUGAGGAAGAGGAAAUUUUGGAUUCAAAAGAAAUAUCUUCUGCCGUAACCAGUUCAGCUUUGAAUAGCUUCGAAGAAGAUACUUUGUUCCUUGAUGAAUCACUGAGUCUAAAGAAUUUCGGGCUCUCUGAUGUUUGUCUUGCCACUUUAGCAUCUCAAGCUAAUCAAAAGGUUGAUGACACUGAUUUAUCUUUUGGAGAAAACAUGAAGUACAAUGGAGACAAAACAAACAACAUCAAGGGCACAGAUAAGCCCAUUACAGACACCAUUGAAGUAAAUAGAGAAGAGGAAAAGGACCAAAAUCACGUUCAAGCUCAAGCUAAGGGACCAGUGUUACAAGUUUCUAAGGAUGGUUAUGAAAGUCUUCCUUCGUAUAUGACAAAUCUAGCAUCUUGGGAGGAUCUGCUUGCAGCCGUGGAGAAGAUCAACUCAAGUUUGAGCAAGAAAGAGAAAACAAAAGGUUAUAACUACUUCCACCAAGAUGAAAUUGAAGCCUUGGACUUAGGGCCUAAAGGGCGUGCUUACUUGCUGCUACUGGUGCGCAUGAAUCAUCUGGUUGUAGAGACGAUUGAUGGGUUGAUUUCUUAUCGAGUCUUGUGAAUGAAAUCCAAACUAAUGGGCUUAUCAACUUUAUCAAGUAUACUAAAUUCCAAUCAGGAUCGAAGUAGACAACCAAAAGAUAAGUUUGCAUUCUGUGUAACUUUAAAACUAGUGUCACUGGUUCAAGAGAAUGUAAACCAGAUAUCUGUUUUCACAAACUAUUUGAAUUUAGUUAAAAUUAAAUAAAUAU